AUGCCUCACAGGAAGAAAAAGCCCUUUAUAGAGAAGAAGAAAGCUGUGUCUUUUCACCUGGUCCACCGGAGCCAAAGAGAUCCUUUAGCAGCAGACGAGACUGCACCCCAGAGGGUUCUGUUGCCUACACAGAAGAUAAAAGAGGAGGAGAGGCGAGCGGAGCAGAGGAAGUAUGGAGUGUUCUUCGACGACGACUAUGACUACCUGCAGCACCUGAAGGAACCCUCUGGGCCCUCGGAGCUGAUUCCCACAAGUACCGUCGGUGCACCUUACAGGGGAGAUGGGCGAGAAGAGCCUUUAGUAACUUCAACUAGUGGAAUUAAGUUGCCUUCCUCAGUGUUUGCAUCAGAGUUUGAAGAAGAUAUUGGAUUGUUAAAUAAAGCAGCUCCUGUUUCAGGACCUCGGUUAGAUUUUGAUCCUGACAUUGUUGCAGCUCUUGAUGAUGAUUUUGAUUUUGAUAAUCCGGAUAAUUUACUUGAAGAUGAUUUCAUUCUUCAGGCCAAUAAGCCAACAGAAGAGGAAGAGGGAAUGGAGAUACAGAAAUCUGAGGCUGAAGAUGACAGUGAGUGGGAAGAUGUGGAUGAUGAGAAGGAAGGAGGUAGUGAUGACGAUAGAUAUGACCCUGCAGGCUCAUCAGAUGAGGAUAUGUCUACCCCUGGAAAACCUCUUGGGGCUGUAGAAAAUCACUUCUUCUGGGAAGAGGAAACAAAAAGUCGCUUUACUGAGUAUUCCUUGACGUCCUCAGUCAUGAGGAGGAAUGAACAGCUGACCCUACAUGAUGAGAGGUUUGAAAAGUUUUAUGAGCAAUAUGAUGAUGAUGAAAUUGGAGCUCUGGAUAAUGCUGAAUUGGAAGGUUCCAUUCAAGUAGACAGCAAUCGCUUAGAGGAAGUUUUGAAUGACUACUAUAAAGAGAAGGCAGAGAAUUGUGUAAAACUGAAUACUCUUGAACCCUUCGAGGAUCAGGACCUGCCAGUGAAUGAGCUGGAUGGGCCUGAGGAGGAAGAGAUUGUUACUGUGGUUCUUGAAGAAGCCAAAGAGAAGUGGGAUUGUGAGUCUAUUUGUAGUACAUACUCAAAUUUAUAUAACCAUCCACAGCUUAUCAAAUAUCAACCAAAGCCCAAACAAAUCCGACUAUCUUCUAAAACAGGAAUACCUCUCAAUGUCUUACCUAAGAAAGGAGUCACAGCAAAGCAAGUUGAACGAAUGCAGAUGAUUAAUAACAGUGAUCUCCCUAAGAUAUCAACCCAACCACGUUCUAAAAGUGAAAGCAAAGAAGAUAAAAGAGCACGAAAGCAAGCUAUCAAAGAAGAGCGCAAGGAACGGAGAGUGGAGAAGAAAGCUAACAAAUUAGCCUUCAAACUGGAGAAAAGAAGGCAGGAAAAAGAAUUGCUGAACUUGAAGAAGAAUGUUGAGGGUCUAAAGCUAUGA